CCUGAGCGAUUCGGAUCCGGGUGAAGCUGAGCCUCUUGCUCUCUCUGACUGGUGCGGCUGCCGCGCUGUCCGCGUUAUCUCCUCCCGGUGAGACCGAACUGCAGUGUCCACCGGUGAGGAGCCAUCCCUGUCCAGGGCAAAGAAAGACGAGGAGGAGACCAGGGAGCGGGCGGUGGCCGGGCUGCGCCGGUGCGGGCUGGCGACUCUGCUCCUCCGCUUGCUGCUGUCUCUGGGAACUGGGUGCCGGCGCUGAGAGGCUUCCAGCGGACAACGACCCUCUUCCCCGGCUCCCCUGCCCACCCUGCCGGGGAGGGCAGAAGAUGCCGGUGAAGAAGAAGAGAAAAUCCCCUGGGGUGGCAGCAGCAGUAGCGGAAGACGGAGGCCUCAAAAAGUGUAAAAUCUCCAGCUAUUGCAGAUCCCAACCCCCUGCUAGACUAAUAAGUGGAGAGGAACAUUUUUCAAGCAAGAAGUGCCUGGCUUGGUUUUAUGAGUAUGCAGGUAAUGAAAUUUAUAUGCAAGCAACAAAUUUGUGUGACUGCACAGAAAAGUUACAGAACAAAUUUGACUUUUUGCGCUCACAGUUGAAUGAUAUUUCAUCGUUUAAAAAUAUCUACAGAUAUGCCUUUGAUUUUGCAAGGGAUAAAGAUCAAAGAAGCCUUGAUAUUGAUACUGCUAAAUCUAUGUUAGCUCUUCUGCUUGGGAGGACAUGGCCACUGUUUUCAGUAUUUUACCAGUACCUGGAGCAAUCGAAGUAUCGUGUUAUGAACAAAGAUCAGUGGUACAAUGUAUUAGAAUUUAGCAGAACAGUUCAUGCCGAUCUUAGUAACUACGAUGAAGAUGGUGCUUGGCCUGUUCUUCUUGAUGAAUUUGUUGAGUGGCAAAAAGUCCGUCAAACAUCAUAGCAAGAACUAUUGUGAAGAAAGUGCAAACCUUUUGAUUCCCAUGUGUGUACAAGCUAAUGAGAUGAGGGAGAAAAAUCUAAAGGGUGCAUUUUCAUUCAUAUGAAAGACUUCUCAUAGUACUUUUUUUCCUUUUUUUAAAGGAGGUUUUCUUGUUACAUGUGAUGGGCAUUGAGCCACACCUCUUCUUAGACUGAAUAUUGAAGUUUUUUGUUUCUAGUUAUGUUUAUAACAUUUAUUUCAGAACAAUAAAGAUUCAGAUUUGUGACAAAGGCCUUAAAGUGAAGAU